AUGUCUGAUAUCCUGAACGAACUUAGAGCGUUCCGCAACGAAACCUCUGAGAACUUUGUAACUCUGAGAAACGAAAUUGAGCCUGGCCAGCCAGGAGCGUUCACAGUGAGUGACAUCAGAGCUGACUGUGUGACUCUGUCCUGGGAGCCCCCUGCUGGUGAAGUGCAGAACUACUCAGUGACCUGUUCCAGUGGAGAAGAUGUGGUACAAGAAGUCCAAACUGAGGAAACCAGUGUGACCAUCAGAGACCUGAGGCCGGGACAGCAGUACCUGUUCUCUGUGUGUGCACAGCUCCAGAGGCUCCAGAGUGAGGCUGCAGAGACCUCCACUCACACAAAGCCUGGCCAGCCAGGAGCGUUCACAGUCAGUGAUAUCAGAGCUGACUGUGUGACUCUGUCCUGGGAGCCCCCUGCUGGUGAAGUGCAGAACUAUUCAGUGACCUGUUCCAGCGGAGAAGAUGUGGUACAAGAAGUCCAAACUGAGGAAACCAGUGUGACCAUCAGAGACCUGAGGCCGGGACAGCAGUACCUGUUCUCUGUGUGUGCACAGCUCCAGAGGCUCCAGAGUGAGGCUGCAGAGACCUCCACUCACACAAAUUUCAAAGACUUGUUUCAUGAACGAGACCAGUGUCAGAAGAAAGCAGCAGAGUUCACUGAGCGAUGCCUGAAAGCUGCGGUAGAAGACUCCGUUAACCGCUCUUUGGGUCUUGAUAUCGUUGAUAAAAUGCUGACGUGUGAAGAGUUCAGCACACGUGUAGUUUUCCAACACGCUCUCCUGUUGGACCUGCUGGAACAGGACAACUUUCAGCAGUACCUUAGAUACACCAGAAACUACGAGAACUAUGUGAAAGAUUGGAUUCUCACAAAGAUCGACUCACAUUCAUCAGAGAUAUCAGAGUUUGAGAAAAAACACAUUCAGUCUUGUGUCCACAGAAUAACUGAAGCAGUGAACAAAGCUAAAGAUGGAACCAGUGAAAACAUGAAAUUAUAUGUUAAAGACAUCUGCAAAGAGCUGAACGACAGAUUAGUCAUUUCGAAAGAAGCUCUGGAUACUUUCAUGGUCCUGAACAAUGCAGACACAGAAGCAUUUUCCCUUUGCCUGAUUGUAAGUGUUGAUGAGAUGGGACAGUCCCUUUCAAACAAAGUAAGCAUGGACAUCAAAACGAAACUUGAAAACCUUCAUGUGAAACCCCAGAAUGAAGUCUUCACCAGAGUGAUUGGCUGUGGUGAACUGUGCCCCUUCUGUAAAGCUCCAUGUGACGCAGGUGGAGGUGGCCACACUGAGCACUGGGCCUCACUGCAUCGGCCUCAAGCUUUUGCCCUGCGGCCACGCAAGUACGCGCCUCCAGCAACGACUGUGCCGUCCGCCCCGAGGCCUCCCGCUUCCACGCAAGCCUCCUUUCUGGUUGGAAUCUACGAACUGUUCAUCACCAGCCUCUUUCCUUGGCUCGCGUGCACCAGCAGCUGGACCAAACUAGCAGGCUUCAUAACUCCCGCCUGCCCGGACAAAGAAACCACCCCUGCGGCCACGCAAGUACGCGCCUCCAGCAACGACUGUGCCGUCCGCCCCGAGGCCUCCCGCUUCCACGCAAGCCUCCUUUCUGGUUGGAAUCUACGAACUGUUCAUCACCAGCCUCUUUCCUUGGCUCGCGUGCACCAGCAGCUGGACCAAACUAGCAGGCUUCAUAACUCCCGCCUGCCCGGACAAAGAAACCACGUGGGCUGUUUCCCAACCCAAAGCCCUUCUCCAUCCUCUACGCUCCUCCAAACUCCAGUGCAGCUCAGAGACGGAGAUGAUUCACCGGAGUUUCAUGAAGCUGCAGAGACACUUCUACAGCAGGACUGUACGGACACUAACUAUGAGAUCCCUAAACCAAAGGUGACAGUGCUCUGCGUUGGUCCUGAUGCAGUUUCCUUCACUGUGGAGCCACAUCCGUCUCCUCAAACAUUCGACCUGGUGAUCAAGUACAGUGCUGCAGAACAGAGGGGCACAGUGGUCCACAGAGACUCCCCUUCUGUGGACAUCACAGGGCUGUGUCCUGGGACAGACUACACCUUCACCAUCACACGGAGGAUACAGAGCUCACAGACCUGUGUUCAUGUCAUCACAGAAGAAGACCCUUCACGCCAGCAACUGCAGCACCUUCCCAAACUGUGUGCACAGCUUCUGAUUGAUGGUUUUCCUCUGGAGCUGGUGGAUGGAGAUGCCUCCAACAUCCCUCUCAGAUGGGUGAGUGAUGUUCUGACCCAGCUCCAUGACCUGGUGUCUCCUAACAACAAGAUUCUGGUGGUCACAGUCCUCGGAGUCCAGAGCACAGGGAAGUCCACUCUCCUCAACACCAUGUUUGGAGUGCAGUUUGCAGUGAGCAGUGGCCGAUGCACGAGAGGCGCCUUUAUGUUACUCAUCAGAGUCAGUGAAGAUAUGAAAGCUUCUCUGAACUGCGACUUCUUAGUGAUCAUCGACACCGAGGGCCUCAAGUCUCCAGAACUCUAG